GUCUUUUCGGUGGUGCUGGUGUGGGAAAGACUGUAUUGAUUAUGGAGCUGAUCAACAACGUGGCUAAGGCUCAUGGUGGUUACUCCGUGUUUGCUGGUGUGGGAGAGAGAACCCGCGAGGGAAAUGAUCUCUACCAUGAGAUGAUCGAGUCUGGUGUCAUCAAUCUGAAGGACACCACGUCAAAGGUGGCGCUGGUGUACGGACAGAUGAAUGAGCCGCCUGGUGCCCGUGCCCGUGUGGCUCUGACUGGACUGACCGUUGCCGAAUAUUUCCGUGACCAGGAGGGGCAAGAUGUGCUGCUCUUCAUCGACAACAUUUUCCGCUUCACCCAGGCUGGGUCAGAGGUGUCUGCCCUGCUGGGCCGUAUCCCCUCUGCUGUGGGUUAUCAGCCAACUCUGGCCACUGACAUGG